AUGAGGAGAGAUAAUGAGAGCACUGUGUCUGAGUUCAUCCUCCUGGGACUCCCCAUUCGAGCAGAGGACCAAGGCCUGUAUUCUGCCCUCUUCCUGACCAUGUACCUGACAACUGUGCUGGGGAACCUGCUCAUCAUCCUGCUCAUCAGGCUGGAUUCUCACCUCCACACCCCCAUGUACUUCUUCCUCAGUCACUUGGCCUUCACAGACAUCUCUUUCUCAUCAGUCACAGCUCCAAAGAUGCUUGUGAAUAUGCUGACACACAGUCAGUCCAUUUCAUAUGUUGGGUGUGUUUCCCAGGUGUAUUUUUACAUAUUUUUUGUUGCUCUUGACAGCAUUCUUCUCACCUCCAUGGCCUAUGACAGGUAUGUGGCCAUCUGCCACCCUCUGCACUAUACCACGAUCAUGAGUCAGAGCCUGUGUUUCCUAUUAGUAGCUGUGUCCUGGGCCUUAUCUUCAGCCAAUGCCCUUGUGCACACCCUUCUCUUGAGGAAAAGCAUGAGUAUGGAUAAUGAGAGCACUGUGUCUGAGUUCAUCCUCCUGGGGCUCCCCAUUCGGGUAGAGGACCAAGACCUGUACUCUACCCUGUUCCUGACCAUGUACCUGACAACUGUGCUGGGGAACCUGCUCAUCAUCCUGCUCAUCAGGCUGGACUCUCACCUCCACACCCCCAUGUACUUCUUCCUCAGUCACUUGGCCUUCACAGACAUCUCUUUCUCAUCAGUCACAGCCCCAAAGAUGCUUGUGAAUAUGCUGACACAUAGUCAGUCCAUUUCAUAUUCUGGGUGUGUUUCACAGAUGUAUUUUUACAUAGUUUUUGCUGAUCUUGAUAGCUUUCUUCUGACCUCCAUGGCCUAUGACAGGUAUGUGGCCAUCUGCCAUCCUCUGCACUAUACUACCAUCAUGAGUCAGACCCUCUGUCUUUUUCUAGUAGCUGUGUCCUGGGCCUUAUCUUCAGCCAAUGCCCUCGUGCACACCCUUCUCUUGGCUCGACUCUCUCACUUUAGAAACAAUACCAUCCCACACUACUUUUGUGACCUCUCUGCCAUGCUGAAGCUGUCCAGCUCAGACACUACCAUCAAUGAGUUGCUCAUCCUUACUUUAGGUACUAUGGUCACUAUCCCACCAUUCAUAUGUAUUCUGGUUUCUUAUGUGCGCAUAGGUGUCACCAUUCUGAGAACUCCUUCCAUCAAAGGAAUCUGCAAAGCCUUGUCCACAUGUGGCUCUCACCUCUCUGUUGUUUCUCUGUACUAUGGAGCCAUAAUUGCACUCUAUUUUGUUCCUUCAUCUAAUAACACUAAUGACAAGGAUAUCAUUGUGGCUGUGAUGUACACCAUGGUCACCCCUAUGCUGAAUCCCUUUAUUUAUAGCCUGAGGAAUCGGGAUAUGAAAGGAGCACUAAGAAACAUCCUCAGCAGGAGACUGCGUUCACAAUGA